CCGACGACUUCAUCCCUCCCUCUUUCCUCCUCCCCCUCGAGCGCACCAUGCACAGAGUCGCCCUCAGAAACACUGUCCGCGCAGCUGCGCUGGCCGCCACCAAAACCGCUGCCCGCAGUACCCCUGCUGUCUCGCGCUCGUACGCGACAGCUAAGGCCGCUGCGUCUGAGGUCUCUUCCAUCCUCGAGUCCCGCAUAGCUGGCACUUCCGUGGGCGCAAAUGUCGAGGAAACCGGUCGCGUUCUUAGCGUUGGUGACGGUAUUGCGCGUGUCUGGGGUCUCAAGAACGUGCAGGCCGAGGAGAUGGUGGAGUUCUCCUCUGGUAUCCGUGGCAUGUGCUUGAACUUGGAGGCGGACAACGUCGGUGUCUCUAUCUUCGGUAACGAUCGUUACAUCAAGGAGGGCGACACCGUCAAGCGUACCGGCCAGAUUGUCGAUGUCCCCGUCGGCCCCGAGUUGCUCGGCCGCGUCGUCGACGCUCUCGGUAACCCCAUCGACGGCAAGGGCCCCAUCCCCACCACCCUGCGCAGCCGUGCCCAGCUUAAGGCCCCCGGUAUUCUGCCGCGUCGCUCGGUCAACCAGCCCAUGAUGACCGGUAUCAAGCCCAUCGACGCCAUGGUCCCCAUUGGACGUGGCCAGCGUGAGCUUAUCAUCGGUGACCGUCAGACCGGUAAGACCGCCGUCGCUAUCGACACCAUCCUCAACCAGAAGCGGUGGAACGACAGCAAGGACGAGGACAAGAAGCUCUACUGUGUUUACGUCGCUGUUGGCCAGAAGCGUUCGACCGUCGCCCAGCUCGUCAAGACCCUUGAGGAGAACGACGCGAUGAAGUACACUAUCAUCGUUGCGGCCACCGCCUCCGAGGCUGCCCCCCUCCAGUACCUCGCUCCUUUCUCUGGCUGUGCCAUGGGCGAGUGGUUCCGUGACAACGGCAAGCACGCUCUCAUCAUCUACGAUGAUUUGUCGAAGCAGGCCGUUGCUUACCGUCAGAUGUCACUGCUCCUCCGUCGUCCCCCCGGUCGUGAGGCUUACCCCGGUGACGUCUUCUACCUGCACUCUCGUCUCCUCGAGCGUGCGGCGAAGAUGAACGAGAAGUUCGGCGGUGGAUCCCUUACCGCUCUGCCUAUCAUUGAGACCCAGGGUGGUGAUGUGUCCGCGUACAUUCCCACGAACGUCAUCUCCAUCACCGACGGCCAGAUCUUCUUGGAGGCCGAGCUCUUCUUCCGUGGUGUGCGUCCCGCCAUCAACGUCGGUCUUUCCGUGUCCCGUGUCGGUUCAGCCGCGCAGACCAAGAUCAUGAAGAAGUUCGCCGGUUCGCUCAAGCUGUACCUUGCCCAGUACCGUGAAGUCGCCGCCUUCGCCCAGUUCGGUUCCGACCUCGACGCGUCUACUCGUUUCCUCCUGUCGCGUGGUGCCCGUCUGACUGAGCUGCUCAAGCAAGGCCAGUACCAGCCCCUGGCGAUGGAGAUCCAGGUCCCCAUCAUCUACGCUGGUGUCAACGGUCUCCUUGACCCCAUCCCCGUCGACCAGAUCACUAAGUGGGAGGCGGAGUUCCGUGGCCACCUCGCUGCGGCGCACUCCGGUCUCCUCACCGAGAUCGCCAAGGGCAACAUCACCCCUGAGAUCGAGGGCCAGAUCAAGAAGAUCGUCGAGGAGCACGUCGCCUCUUUCACCUCCGCGUAGACGGUAGACCGCGAACAAAAUGCUGUUGUUUAGCUCUGCCUAUCAGUACUAUAACCAUGUCGCAAUCGAGGACGACUUAGUAUGGUCGCGUAAUUGUCCAGCUUGUGUCUUCUGUGCAUGGGAGCUUAGAGGAUCGAAGGUAAUGCCAGCUGUUUCGCUGUGACCAAGAUUUGCGUGUUUAUGUCAAUACCAAACAAACUAUAGCAAUGCAUUGUUUGCUCAUCACGGA